AUGCGUGGGAGACUAUCAUACGAGCUGGACGUAGGCGCUUCUGCUGAAGAAGUGUGGAAGAUAUAUAGUUCACCAGAGUUGCCAACUAUUCUUGCUAAAAUCUACCCUGGUGUUACUGAAAAGAUUGAAAUGAAUGGCAAUGGGGGUGCCGGCACUACCAUACAUAUCGUGCUUGCUCAAGGGUUACCAGAGCCACGCAGCUGGAAGGAGGUAUUUGUGAAGAUAGACAACCAGGAACGUCUGAGAGUUGUGAAACAAAUUGAAGGUGGAUAUCUUGAUAUGGGUUUUGAUUCAUUUGAGUAUUACUUCAAAAUUAUUGAGAAAGAUGAACAUUCAUGCAUCAUUAGAUCAACCAUGGCUUUCGAGAUUGAUGACAAGUUAGAAGGAAAGGCUUUUCUUGUCAAUGGUAAUUUGAUGUGGGGAAUGGCAAAAGCAAUUGCAAGCUAUGUUGUGGAGAAUGUUGGGAAAACCUAA